UUCGAUAGUAUCUAUUAAUCUCUCUUUUUUUUCAGAAACUGCAAACAAUAGCAGAAGACUUUUGUGGAUUGGAUGUGAACACGCCUUUGGGAGGGGAACAACCAGUAUCAGCAGUACCAGUACUACUUUUCAGCGUCCGUUUGACAGCUGUGGUAGCGACAUCUACUGGCGAUUUUACUGUGGUGUUUAUUGGUACUGCUACUGGUCAUUUGAAAAAGGUUGUGGUUGAAUCAUCAACAUCAGCUCUGGAGUAUGGAGACCUUGUGGUUGAAGAAGGAUCUUCUGUCAAUCCAGAUCUGCAUUUUGAUUCGCAGUUGAUGCAUCUCUAUGUCAUGACAGAGAGAAAGGUAUCAAAGGUGAAGGUUCAAGAAUGCACCGUGUACAGAAAUUGCUUGGAAUGCCUGGGAGUGAAAGAUCCGUACUGUGGAUGGUGCUCAUUAGAAAACAAAUGUAGUCUCAGGUCUGACUGCCAAGAUGCGGCAAAAGAUCCAUUGUACUGGAUCAGCUACAAGAGUGGACGGUGCACAACUAUUACAUCUGUGACUCCCCAUCAAUUGCAAAGGACCACUGCAAGAACGUUGGAUCUGGUGAUUGACAACCUACCAACAUUACCAGGAAGGUUUCUUUGUGCUUUCACUGCACUGGACAAGACCUUGAUCACAAACGCUACAAGGAAAGGAUCAGGAGUUAACUGUACCACACCAAGAACUGAUGCGUUGCCUUCUAUACCUGCUGGCCAACAUCAUUUUACUGCCAAACUGUCAGUGAGGAUGACAUCUGGACCAGACUUCGUAGCAACUAACUUCACAUUUUUCGAUUGCAACACCUACAGCUCCUGCACCCAAUGUGUGUCAUCCUCCUUUCCUUGUGACUGGUGUGUAGAUGGUCAUAGAUGCACACAUGACACUGCUGAGAACUGUAGGAAUGACAUUCUAGUGACGGGAGUCAGUAGAGCGGGUCCAAGCUAUAGAUCCGGCCCAGCGUUUUGCCCAACGAUCAACGCGACAGUGGGUAACUCCCCGGAAAUCCUCGUAGCCUCCGGGAUCAAGAAAGCGAUAAAAGUGAAAGUACACAUUAUCGGACAGUUCAUCGUUCAGACCAGAUUCGUGUGUCAAUUUAAUAUUGAAGGCAGAGUUACCAGUGUGAAUGCUCAACUUCUAGGUGAUACUAUUUAUUGUGAUGCUAUGGAGUUUUCUUAUACGUCAAGAGCCCCGAACAUUACAGCCACUUUUGCAGUCAUCUGGGGAGGUUCCAAGCCUUUGGAUAACCCACACAACAUUCACAUUGUGAUAUACCGAUGCAGAGAUAUGGCGGAUAACUGCGGCAUCUGUCUAGCCCUGGCUGAAAAAUAUGAUUGCGGUUGGUGCCAAAGUUCUGACAGAUGUGAAGUAAAAGAUCAAUGCGAAAAAGGGUCUGCCGUUUGGUUGAACAGAAGUCAAACCUGUCCAAAUCCAGAGAUAACUUCCUUCUCACCAGAACUUGGACCAUGGGAAGGUGGUACCAACAUUACCAUUCAAGGGAUCAACUUGGGAAAGAAUUUUCAAGACAUUUAUUCCGGAAUAAGCAUAGCUGGGAUCAACUGUCAGCCAUACGAACACUUGUAUAUCAAAACAAAACAGAUCGUUUGUCAGGUUGAUGGUCCUGGAACCAAGGAACUCCGCCAAGGUCCAGUAACAGUUAAGGUUGAAGAUUACCGCGGCGAAUCUAAAACUCACUACAAAUUCGUGAACCCAAACAUCACAGGAAUCUCACCGAGAUACGGUCCGAAAUCGGGUGGAACGAUGCUUCAGAUAACCGGGGAGUAUAUGAACGCUGGUAGCAACAUACAGGCGUUCUUAGGUGACCUACCGUGUCAAAUUCUGUCAACUGAAAUGCACCAAGCUUUGUGCAUCACCAGCGCUUCAGAAACGACGACAGAAAAGAAGCUUAGGAUGAAAUUCGACAAGGGAGAUCGCUACUUAGACGGCAUCAUGUUCAAAUACGUAGAAGAUCCGGUUAUUGAGUCAGCAGAAUCUGGAGUUCCAAGUCAAGUGAAGGUACCUAAGGGUAUACCUGCUGGAGGUAUCAAAAUUUCGGUCACUGGAAGGAAUCUCGCUUAUAUCCAGAAGCCACAAAUGUAUGUUUUCUACGAGCAAAAGAUGUUCAUAAGCGAGUGUAAUGUAUUGAGCAACACCAGCAUGGUAUGCCUGAGCCCAGUAAUAGAGAUCGAUGAAGACACAAGAUUAGAUGCCGAUAACCCCUUGAAACUUGAGUAUGGUUUCAAAAUGGAUAAUGUCACUGGAGUACAAAACCUUACUCUCAAUAAGGAUUUCCACCCGUUCUUGUUGUAUCCAAACCCAAUCUUCUUGCCAUUCGAGAAAGAAGUAAAGUACUACAAAUCAGACUAUCUGAAUAUCAAUGGCCAAAACAUCGACAGAGCUUGCCAAGAAUCUGACGUCGAAGUGCUUAUAGGCAAAAGCAACUGUAAUGUAACAUCUCUAUCUCGCCAACAACUAACUUGCAGACCUCCUGAAACUCAACCGCAACCACUGAAUGACCAAGGGCUACCAAACGGCGAGGCAUUGCCUGAGGUCAUAGUGAUUGUCGGUGGUUCACUGAGGUACAACAUCGGAGUACUAUCUUACUCCUCUCCUCAAGGGUUGAACGGACCAAUUACGAAACCUACACUUUACGGAAUCAUUUGCGUCAGUUUGGGGAUAUUCAUUGUGUUCAUACUCUUCCUCAUAGCUUAUAGAAGAAAGUCAACGGAAAGCAAUAGGGUUUUGAAGAACAUGCAAGAACAGAUGGACAUAUUGGAGCUCAGAGUAGCUGCGGAAUGCAAAGAGGCAUUUGCUGAGCUCCAGACAGAAAUGACUGAUCUCACGGGUGACCUCACGUCUGGAGGCAUACCCUUCCUAGACUAUAGAACCUACGCUAUGAAAAUACUCUUUCCGAAUGUUGAUGACCACAUAGUACUCCAAUGGGAAAGACCUGAGCUCCUUUGCAAAGAAAAAGGCUUGCGACUGUUCGGUCAACUGAUAAUGAACAAGACGUUCUUGCUUCUGUUCAUAAGGACUUUAGAAAGUAAUAGGUACUUCUCGAUGCGGGAUAGGGUGAAUGUAGCCAGCCUUAUCAUGGUGACUUUACAAAGCAAGAUGGAGUAUUGCACUGACAUGCUGAAAACCCUUUUGUCGGAACUGAUAGAAAAGUGCAUGGAAGGUAAAAGCCAUCCAAAGCUGUUGUUAAGAAGAACGGAAAGUGUCGCAGAGAAAAUGUUGAGUGCUUGGUUUACAUUCCUCCUGUACAAGUUCUUACGUGAAUCGGCAGGAGAGCCGCUAUUCAUGCUAUUUAGGGCUGUUAAACAGCAAGUUGAUAAAGGACCAGUUGAUGCUAUCACUUCGGAAGCUAGGUACUCCCUUAGUGAGGAGAAACUCAUCAGACAAUCAAUAGAUUUUAAGCCAAUGACUGUAUAUGUUUCAAUAUCCCAACAAACGUUAUUUGGAGGAGGUGAACAUAAUGCAGACAACAUUCCUGUGAAGGUGUUAGAUUGUGAUACCAUUAGUCAAGUAAAAGAGAAGUGUUUGGAUACAAUUUAUAGAGCAACUCCUUAUUCCCAGAGACCAAAAAAGGAAGAUUUAGAUUUAGAAUGGCGUACGGGAACGUCAGGGCGGCUGAUCCUGUACGACGAAGAUAGUACAACAAAAGUAGAAGGUGACUGGAAGAGGAGGAAUACGUUGCAACAUUAUAGAGUACCUGAUGGUGGCUACCUGAACCUAGUGUCCAAGCAGAACUCCAUGUACAACCUAAGCAUAUUCUCCGAGAAGAACGACAAAUCUCACAAAUACGAGACUCUAAACCUUAGCAAGUUCAGCUCGGUCAGCCCGCCAUUGAGUAGAGCGACUAGUCCCUUGAACCAUGAUCACGACCAGGGACUGAAAGUUUGGCAUUUAGUUAAACAUCACGACAACGAUAACCAAAAAGAGGGCGAGAGAGGCAACAAAAUGGUAUCUGAAAUCUAUCUGACCAGACUUUUGGCGACCAAGGGCACUUUACAAAAGUUUGUGGAUGAUCUCUUCGAAACCAUUUUCAGCACAACUCACAGGGGAUCCGCCCUGCCUCUUGCCAUAAAAUACAUGUUCGACUUUUUGGACGACCAAGCCCUUCAGCAUGGCAUCUCAGAUCCUGAAGUGGUACAUACUUGGAAAAGCAAUUCUCUUCCGCUUAGAUUUUGGGUGAAUCUGAUCAAAAACCCCAAUUUCGUGUUCGAUAUCCACAAGUCGAAUAUUGUGGACUCCUGCUUAUCUGUUGUUGCUCAAACUUUCAUGGAUUCUUGUUCUACUUCUGAUCACAGGCUAGGCAAGGAUUCUCCUAGCUCCAAACUCUUGUAUGCUAAGGAUAUUCCUUGUUACAAGGAGUGGGUAGAACGAUAUUAUUCAGAUAUUAAGAUGAUGCCAGCGAUCUCAGAUCAAGAUAUGAAUGCUAUGUUGGCUGAGGACUCUCGGCUCCACACGACCGAAUUUAACACGAACUGCGCUCUGCACGAACUCUACACGUACGCAAUGAAGUACAACGAGCAACUGACAGUUACCUUAGAGGAGGACGAAUUCUCGCAAAAACAACGAUUGGCCUACAAGUUGGAGCAGGUACACAACAUAAUGGCUGAUAGUGGCCAGCCGUGAUACUGGCCUGACCUGACGUGCCCACCCACUGCGACCGCGCCACCCCUAUCACCUUUGCAACCUUCGGCACCUCAGGAACUUGCCUGCUGAUAACACAUUCGAAGCCAAACAAUACAUAUCUCUGAUAAUCCAGUGCUACUAGAAGAUGUAUAGAUGAGUCGGGGGAAUAUUCCAGGAUCGAUUUCUGUAUCAUGCGCGAGAUAGUAUCAGUCUAAAUGCCAGACCGUACCGAGGUGUUACGAAAUUUUUAGUCUUCCUACUUUAUCGCGUAUCUUUGCUCUAAAGUUUUUCCAUCAAGGGGUCACAAAAAGCAGCGUACGCACCCUCCAAAAGCUCGAAGGCAACUGGCAAGUGUAUCAGCAGUGUUGCCAGAGCCAAAAUUGAAAAUUCCGCUACUGGUAUGGAUAAACUCCGCAACCACGGGGAUUAUCGUCGGGGGGGAGGGGGGGUUGGCGCACUAUCAUAAAACAGGGGGGCAUUUAUUAUACAGGUUGUGUCAAAAAAGGAAAACAAACACCAAACAGCGUCAUAAAAUAUAACAGAAAACUGUAAUAAAAAAAUGACUAUAAAAACCAAUACAAUAUUACAAAUAACUGUCAAACAACAGAUCAUUUACCACGCAGACUAAAGGCCAUUUCUGUUUUGCAUAAAAAAAUUGUGAAGUUUUUGAGUUACUUAAACUUAGUUACUGUCUGUAUCAGAUUCUUCUGGUUGCAUUUCCGGUCUCUCUAUACUAUAUAAAUAAUUUUUGUAUUUUUUUAAAUGUUUUUCACCAAACUCGAAGUCUAAGCAGCAACAUUUUUUUCUUUGUUCCAAUUUGAUAAGUAUCGCGAACAAAGUUGAAGGUAAAAUACGAUUCCUUUUCUUUGUUUUGAUUAUCUCCAUAUAUGAGAAUGUCCACUCGACAUCUGCAUUACCAUGUGGCAAAUGUUAAAAUUAUUAGACAUAUACGUACUUUGGAAAUACACUUCACAGGUUGUGUUCUUACCACCUACUACCAUCUAUACGCGUCUCCGUUGAAUAAGAAUUACCGACCGGUGGUUACCACGGUCGAUUGGAAAGAUUUAGAUUUGGUUACUAACUGCACUCAUUUUUUUUUCUGGUAAAAAUAUCCAUCAUGUGUACCUAAAUUGCAAAAUUCCCCUACUUUUAACAACAAAUCCAAUUCCGCCGCUACUCCACUACCACUAGCGGAAUUCCGCUACUUCUGGCAACACUGUGUAUCAGUCCAGUACGGCUGGAAAGCUGAAGGUUUCCCCCACCCUUCCCAUCUGGUCGCGUUGCGCUACGUUGCCAAAUUGCGUCACAAAUAAAUGAAGUUCAUUACUUUCCGGACAAUUUUGGAAAAAGAGGUGAACUGGAAGUGGUAGCGUUUGUAGUAUAGACACAAAGCUCAAAAGUGGACAGUUUAUGAGAUAUGGAGGUUCAGAAUUUAGGAAUACGGUUCUAGGGAUGUUGAGGAUGCAGACGCGGUUGCAGAUUUUUCAACAAAAAACUUCGUAUGGACGCACACAGGAUUCCCUCAGUGGCUUGCUAUAAAUUUUUAUGAUAUGCACCUCCUCUAUAUAAUUUAUCAACAGAACAAAAUUGAAGCGUAUCUUAACUCAUCAAAUAUAAAUCAAAUCUGACUUUGAAGAAUUAUCAUAUCACGCAGUGACCAAAAAAUCAAAUCAAACUUCAAUGCUGUUUAGCAUGCAGCCAACACUUCCUCAUAUCUGUUAGAGAAAAUAAUAAAAACACCUUCCAUGGUCUAGUUUUUUGAAGUUGAAUCUUUGUCCUAAAAAAAUACCGACUGUAUGCCCAUGCCAAAUUGUGAUCAAGAGAACCUAAACCAUAUUACAGAUUCAGUACUUUUUCGUAUGUUUUGUAUGAUAUCAUUUUGUUACCAGGAUAGGAGAAUUUACAUUUUUUUAAAAAUCGAUCCAUCGAGGACGCUGUACAAAAAACUGGUGGCAUUCUUUCUAUCAGUUGUAAUUUUUUUAUUGUUACCCCAAACAAAUACUAUUGUCUGUUUGGAUACUAUAUCGGAACAAUUUUUUACUGCGAAUUUUUCAUAUUUUUAAAUGCACAUUUUUUGUAAUUAUAUUGUUAUUAUACAAAAUUCUUGAGGAUCUGUUAUCAAUAUCUUAAAAUAAUGUGAAGGUCUGUAAUUUUAUUAUAUGAAGAAUCCUAAUCAAAAAUCGACUCAUCUCAAGUAUUGGAGAAUUUGAAGCAAAACUCAGUAAUUUUUGUGGCAUUUAGACUUGCGAUGACCAACACUUGAUGCAAAAAUUGAUCUUUGUUGGAAUGUCCCCGUCGGCAAAACUCUAUAUAUUACACAUUCGCAGGAUUAUGACUCUUUUCUCUGUGUGUUAUGAAUUGCUGUUGUGCAAAUAACCUAAUUGUUCAGUGUAUAUGCGGAGAUGGUGUUCACUCAAGUGACUUUAAAGUGCCUCUGGUAGAUUGAGUGACUUAUACGACACGCACAUUGGCGAUUUUAGUGACUUUCCACAUGAACAUUGGAAAAUGACCGGUUAAAAGUAAUUUCUGAAUACAUCAUGCAAGCGCCGUCACUGACUCGAAUUGAAAGAUCAGGUUUUGAUCACCUUCUGUAACAUUUGACGGCAUUUGCAUAACGAAUAUGUGCUCCUAAAUCUCCCACUGUCUCUCGUUCAUCGACGAAGACUAGUGAUUUGACACAUCUAUUUUGUGUUGCAUACUGGAUGACGCGAGGCAUCACCUUGAUAAAAUCAUAGUUCGUUUACGUGUACAAAGGGUACUAUAAAAGUUUGCGGUACACUCAUUUUUUUUCUGGUAAAAAUAUCCAUCAUGUGUACCUAAAUUGCAAAAUUCCGCUACUUUUAACAAAAAAUCCAAUUCCGCCGCUACGCCGCUACCACUUGAAAAUUCCGCUACUUCCGGCAACACUGUGAAAUCAGUCCAGUACGGCUGGAAAGCUGAAGGUUUCCCCCACCCUUCCCAACUGGUCGCGCUGCGCUUCGUUGCCAAGUUGCGUCACAAAUAAAUGAAGUUCAUUACUUUCCGGACAAUUUUGAAAAAAGAGGUGAACUGGAAUUGGUAGAGUUUGUCGAAUAGACACAAAGCUCAAUAGUGGACAGUUUAUGAGAUAUGGAGGUUCAGAAUGGUAUCACCUUGAUAAAAUCAUAGUUCGUUUACGUGUACAAGGUGUACAGUGUCCUCUAUCUGUUGGUAUGUCACUCUCCGGUCUUCGUCAAGCAUUUUCCUCACAGCAUUAAUGUUUUCCUCAGUUACUGACAUUCGCGGCCUUCUUUCACUGCCAGAGUGAAAUUGCCCUUUUGACAUUCUCUGUGCCACCUGAAUAUAGUCGUACGAUGAAUUCUGUAAUGGAUGCGUCAUUUCUUCUAAGCACUGGUCUAUGCUUAAACCACGCGUAAAGUUAUACCGUACAGCUGCCCUUAUCUCACUGGGUGACCACGAUGCCAUAGUCUGCACUCUAUACUGUCAAUAGGAAUGAACAACUAAAUCAACAGACGUGCUGCUGGCGGCUACUAUGCACUCUUGGACAUGUCUCCACAUGCAGCCUCCUGCGUCCGUUUGUUAAGUUAUAUUGCCAAACUUUUAUAGCACCCUUUUAUAUUUGUACCGAUUUAUAAGAACUACCACUUACUGAAUAGGUGGAUUUCUAACGCCCUCUGGAACAUUUGACCUUACAAGAAACGGACCCGUAAAAAAGGUCAUUUCAUUCAAUUUAUUUUUUACUUCAUCUCUCUUGGCAAUUCAUUUGAUAUCGAUGAAAUUAAUAUUUUCUUCGAGGUCAUGGUGUGAUGAAAUGCAUAUAUGUAUAAAAAAGAAAUGUGGUGGAUCGUCUUCAAAAUCGCCAUUGUGAAUGCCGUAUUGCUAUCUCCUUAAUUGAGUGUAUUAUAUUUUUAUGAUAACUUAGAAUUAUGCUUUGCUGUGCUGAAAUUCCAGCGUUAGUCCAUAUUGUCGAUAUUCAGUGAAAUAUCCAGUCUAAUAAUGCUUUUUUGAUAUUUGUAUAAUGAUCGUACCUUUAUACAGUUUAAUAUUUUUGUAUUUAGUUGAAUGCAAUCAUGAUGAUUGUCUUCCGCAAUGAAGGAAGCGCCAGGGUGUAGUAUUUAAUCGCGACCUUUCAAUCAAAUUGAUGUUUUACCUACAUAUUAUGCACAAGGUCGUAACACCAUCACUGUUGGUUACAGGGGCUACUCUACUACUACAACUAUCAAUUUUUACAACUACACUGAUUCUUGCAUACUGAAAGUUGAGCUCAAGAACGAUAAAUUGAUUACAGUCAUUGACGUCUUGUUCAAAUACACAAGGCAUUUCAAAUAUAAGGUAUUGGUAACUUGAGAAAUUUCUGGAAAACAACACUAGUGACUAGUACUAGAUAAACUUUUUGGCAAAUCUUCGAGGAGAAAACAGGUUGAACAGCAAUGCAAUCCGUCUAUUUUUCCCAGACUUUUCAAAAAGAAAACAGAAAAUAACUUCAAUUUUUACAGAUAUUCCCAUUAUUAUUUUCGUAUAGAAAAAUGAAGAACAACAUAACAGAAACUACGAAUGACCUUUUAGGCCAAGUAUUUCAAAGACGAAUUAAUUUUCUUCCUAUUUUAAUGUAACCUAUAGCAGAUUUAAAAAUUUCAGGCUCUUCAAUAGAUUUUGGGAUUGGGACUGUUCGUAUCUACUAUAAGACGUCAAUGAAUGUUUCAGUUAAAAAAUUUCACAAUGAAAUAUCAAGACCUAUCCUCAAAACAGCUUCCUCUAUUUAAAAGACAAUUUCUUCUAUAUUCUAUGUUGGAAUUUUUAUGUUUUUAUAUUUAUAUUUCAUUUGAAUGGCUCUAGAAACAUCAAAAUCCACUUUCUCACUACUCUAUCUCUUUUAUGAGCUCUACUUUUGAAAAGAAAAGCAAGCUGUGAAGCUCUUCAUAUCAAUAAUGGUGUGUCUUUUGUUGAUGGCAUUUGUGCAUCUCGCUAUUUUAUUUUAGUUGUCUUACAUUAUUUUUUGCUUAUUUCCGGUCUGGAUUCACAUAAGAUCUACCUAAGGUUAUAUUUUUGGCUACAAAAAAUGUUCACAGGAGUAGGUAGUGAAUAGGUACUAUUGGGAACAAUGUUCUGUAAAAGUAAAAAAAAUAUGACAAACAGUAAAGUGGAAAAUUUAUUUUUAUAUCUUAGGAAAUGUUUUCUUCAAAUAUUGUUUUAAGAAGUUAGUAUGGAAUAAUGCAGGGUAGUUUGGCAUGCUAAUUCAAUCCAAUUAAAAAAAUUAAAUUGUUAUAUUCUCCGAAAUUGAUAUUAGAUGAAAUUGCGAAAUUAAAAUUUAUUUCAAUAUAUAUAUUAUUUAUUCUACACUGAUUUGACAAUUGCUUUAUUCAGGUUUUCAUAUUUGUGAUCUGAUCUCUAAAAUUAUCGCUUUUACAUUCAUUUCAAAUUUAAGACUGAAUACCUACAAUAAUGCAUAUUAUCGAACUAAGUAUCAAAAAGAUAUAAAUGCCACUCCUUGCUAUAUUUUGAGAAUGAUGGUUGAACAAAAUCAGUACCAAACGAUGUAACGCUUCCCAGUUUUUUUUUGUAUGAAAAUUACUUCCCCAUGUAAUUUCAAUUCUAAAUUAUAGUUUGUGGCGAUGUCAAAGGUAGUUUUUGUGAAUAUCCCGACUGGAAAAGCAGUAUAGAAUAUUUUUGAUAUAUUUUCAUUUCCCCUGAAAUUGACAUUGUUUAAAUGUGGUUUGUGUACGUGUAAUAAGGCUGUGUACAUUUCUCUUGAUUGUAAGCAAAUCGGCAAUAAUUUGCCACAAAAUAGCUAUUUACGUCUAUACUGUACGCCAAACUUAAAAAACACGCUUUUUCGCACUUGGUUUUUUGAUAUAUCUAUACAAGGUGUGAUUAAAAGCUUUGGCUCCGAUCUGUUUUUGGACAAACUUUGUAUAGUUGAGAUGUCUUGAUUAAAAGAUGAAAAAAGUGUUUUUUCUUUUUGGCUGUAGUGUUAUCUAUUUUGUAUCCAUUGUGUUUUGCUGGUUUCAUGUGAUACAUCAAGUCAUUGUAAUAGGGACGUGGUUCUCUGUAAUAAAGAUUUUGCUUGAAAAUGUUGCUGAAAUUUUCUAUUUAUUUCUAUAAAUGUGAAUGAUUUUUAUAAAUGUAUUAAUGUAUGUAGUCUUGUUGACUUGAUAUAUCUCAUUAUUAUGAUUUUGUAAUUUUUCUUUAUGUGCAAUUUAAAAGUCAUGUUUUAGCUCGAUACUUUUCGCUGAAUGUUCCACUCUUUAUAUCUUAUUUUAAUAUACUUUUUUAACUAUUUAAAGAUUUAUAUUUGCUAUCCUAGUAUCGUAUACGUUAAAUGCAAAGUCUGAGUAAUGAAAAAGUUGCCAUAUCAGAUGUUUAUAUCUCUAGAGAUUAGAUGCUGAUUUCAUUAUACAUUCCUCUUUAGUGAUACAGGUGAAACAUUCAGUACUUUUAUUAUAAUUUAAUAAUCUGAUUUUAUAUUUACUAAAUCAAAACUAAUUUUAUUUCAAAGAUAAGGUGUUUAUAAAUGUAUGAAAUUUAUCACAAUUUCACUUUGUAUCUGUAAAUGUACCAAUGGACCAUUCUUGUUUCUCUCUGAGUAAUCACAGUCAUCUCCCAAUAUUCAAUAUAGUCCAGUGGAAUUAAAGUGGUAUUUUAGCCUUUUGGAUGCCAAUCAAGGUAUGUCUGACAAAAGGUGCAGUGGCAUUUCCAUCCUCAGUAUGUUCAAGCAAAUUCCACUGAACUAGAAACAUGUAAUGAGAGUAGCAAUACUUCUGUGAAAAAAAGCUGGAAGGAAAUGGAAAGCAGUGUCGUGGUAUUACCACUCGCUAUAAUCUUUUACACAAAGUUUUAGCCGCGUGUAGAUGUUUUUCAUCGAAUUGUUUUUAUAGUUGUAAUGGACCCAUUUAUAAAUGUGCUUUCUUUUUCUUUCACAUGGUAAUUCUUUGUAAUACGAGUUGUCACCGUCCUUUCAUCAAAUUUCGAUUUUUGAAGUAUAGCUCGCGAGGCCAGAUGUAAUUUAAAAAAGUCUAUUUUGUCUUUGAAUAGAUAAUUUUCUGAAUUCGUACAUAGCCUCCGACUAUUUGCUUUCUCUAACAGCUGCGCUUGAGAGCCAGCUGUGACCAUCAACCUAUUAAUAUAUUCUUUUUUUACGGAUUUAUCUUAUUUGUAAUUUUAGUUGUGUACAUAAAAUUUUAUGCCAAAAAAGCUUCUGGACAAUGCAUAGGAAGAUUUGUAAAUAAUAAAUGUACGUAUGUGUGGAUGUCAGAAUGACAGUCUAUGUUUGUAUGUGGUGUACGCAUGAUACAUAUUUAUAGUAAUGUGUACAUUUUGAUGCAUCUACAAUAUUGUGAAUGGUAAUGUACUACUAUAUGUUAUUAUAAAAGACUGAAUGGAGUUACUAAAAUACUUAAUAGAA